AUGGGAGUCACUAAACUGGCUUCCAUCACCGUCAAAACGGAUUACUCUACAGCCAUUGCCCAUAACUUAAAAAGCAAAGAUUUUGAGAUUGUGCUUGCUGCAGGGCGGUCACCUGCAACGACGUUUCAGAUGGAGACAGCAACCACUUCGCUAAAGCGCCGCAUCCACGAAUCCAAUGCCAUUGCUCUGUUUGCUGCCUUUGGUCUGACUCAUAAUGCGAACAUGACUCAUCUUGCUGCCAUGGAUCUGAUCUCUCUGGAGACCUUCCAUGAUACGGGCAAGUGCGCUCUCCUGAUGAAUCAGUCUAUGGACUCCAUCAGUCGCCUGUGCAGUGAUACAACCCCAUGCAUAGUUUCCUAA